AUGUUUACUUUGGUUGCUCUCGGUUCGCUCCUGCUCUCCGUCCAAAUCAUUUUGGCCGCUGACGGCGGUGAGAAGGCUUACGAUGGCAGAGGUUGUUGGUACACUGAAGCCGGAUUGAAACUGCCUGAAGAUCAGAUGGAGGUCAUUCCAGGCCUUACAGAUGUUGUCGAAUGUAAAAAGUUCUGCGAGGGUUACGAUGGCGAUGCCGCUUGCUACGUCCUCCAAGUCGCCAACGGCGUCUGCUCCAGGAACAAGAAUGCGGAGGCCAACUGGGAUGCUGUGAUGAGAGACCAGACAGACUCCACGCAGUAUCACCUGGCAUCCUGUGGCGAUGAGAAAGAUGACGUCCCCAAGGAAGAUGACGCGGCUGAGAAAGAAGACGCGUAA